AUGAUCGCUCUUGCCAGCAGACGGACCGCUACUCCGUACUCCGUACAAUACGGAGGUUUUCCAGGGGCAGCUGCACAAGUGGCUGGCGGCGCACGAGCUGGGCCCCUCCUCCUUCCUCGAUAUCCACCACGAGCUGCGCACCCCUUCCCCCUUCUUGGGCGAGCUGGCGAGCAAGGGUCUGGUCACUGGCUCAAUGUUACCAGCCAGAUGCAGCCGACUGAACCUGACACCCAGCUCUUGCGCAGUGCCCAUCUGGUUGGUGGUGGGCCUCGCGCUGGCCGUUCAAUGCUGUGA